CAUCAUCAUCUCCGAUCUAAACAACAAUGGCGACACCAGGAGCUUCCUCAGCAAGAGAAGAAUUCGUAUACAUGGCGAAACUAGCUGAACAAGCAGAGCGUUACGAAGAAAUGGUUGAAUUCAUGGAAAAAGUCGCAAAAGCUGUUGACAAAGACGAACUCACCGUCGAAGAACGUAAUCUCCUCUCCGUCGCUUACAAAAACGUCAUCGGAGCUCGUCGUGCUUCAUGGAGAAUCAUCUCAUCGAUCGAACAAAAGGAAGAGUCUCGUGGUAACGAUGACCACGUUUCGUUGAUCCGUGACUACAGAAGCAAAAUCGAAACGGAGCUUUCUGAUAUCUGUGACGGAAUCCUUAAGCUUCUCGAUACGAUUCUCGUUCCUGCUGCUGCUUCUGGAGAUUCGAAGGUGUUUUACUUGAAGAUGAAAGGUGAUUAUCAUAGAUACUUGGCUGAGUUUAAAUCUGGUCAAGAGAGGAAAGAUGCUGCUGAACAUACACUCACUGCUUACAAAGCUGCUCAGGAUAUUGCUAAUUCUGAAUUGGCUCCAACGCAUCCGAUUCGUCUUGGUUUAGCGUUGAACUUCUCUGUGUUUUACUAUGAGAUUCUCAAUUCUCCAGAUCGUGCUUGUAAUCUCGCUAAGCAGGCGUUUGAUGAAGCAAUUGCUGAAUUGGAUACUCUUGGUGAAGAGUCAUACAAGGACAGUACUUUGAUUAUGCAGCUUCUUCGUGAUAACCUCACUCUCUGGACUUCUGAUAUGCAGGACGAUGCUGCUGAUGACAUCAAAGAAGCAGCCCCAGCAGCACCAAAACCUGCUGAAGAACAAUCCUAAGUCUUGCGGCGAAUUUGUUGUUUCAGUAUCUAAAACCUCUCCAUUAAUAUGUUUUUCUCUUGGAGGAGUUUCUGUGUUGGUUUCUGAUUUCCUUUUAUCCCGAAGCUCUCCGAGGCAGUCUAAUUCUUGU